AUGACAAUUCACGACCUGACAUUGGAUGUUGACUCUGCUCCUAGUCUGGAUGAGACGUCCCAACUGUGGGACAUUAUCAUUAACAGGUUGAAACGAAUUUGUUAUAUGUUUCACGCUGAUACCAAUGUGACGCAUACUUGUGCGAUGUCGAACAAACCAGCCAGAGAAUUUGGUAGAAGAUUCAAUAGAAUUUGCCGCUGCAAUACGUCUCCUGUACAAGCUAUAAUUCUUUAUAACCCAGAAGAUGUCGAGAUCGUCACAGCAUACAUGAAAUAUUACGAAAAGAGUAAAAUAUUUAAAUUCUUCGGUCCUUCACUAAAAGGCGGCAUAACAGUGAGCAAUGGUUCCAGAUGGCCAAGAGGACGAAAAUUUCUCACUUCAGCAUUCUAUUUUAAUAUAUUGCGCAAAUACUUUCCUGUACCCAACAAAGUUUUGCCCGCUUUUAGAGUGACUUACAAAGACACAGUUCACAAAGCUGUAAAGACGCUGUUCCGUCGUGUCAGUGAACUUUACCUUUGUCCCGAUUUCAUUUUUGACUGGUUCCAUAAAGAAAUCAAGCAGUGCCCAUCCUUGUCAGUAAAUAGAUGCCCUACAUUUGCUCAAGAGUUGCUUGAGGAAAAGACAGGACAAGAGAAUAUCAACAGUAACGAUUCUGAAGAGGAGUAUGAGUCUGCUGAAGAAUACGAUGACUCUUUGUGUGAGUGGAGGGAAACAGAACAGAAAAAUGGUUUAUUGAACAACAGAGUUGAGGCACGAGUGAAUACUUUUAUUAUUGAGGGUCAUGACACGACGGCAGCCGGUCUCACACAUUGUCUGUUAACGCUUGCUGAAAAUCAAGACAUUCAGGACAAAGUAUACCAUGAGCUCAAAAGUAUUUUUCCCGGAAAUAGUCGAUGUGCAUCUCUAGAAGACUUGUCCAGGAUGAACUAUCUGGAGAGAUGUAUAAAGGAGACUUUGAGAUUAUAUCCACCGGUGCCCAUUAUUAGUGGUCAAUUAACUGAAGGAGUGGUAUUAAGUAAUUGCAUAGUGCCAAAAGGCACAAUGUGCCACAUACACAUUUACAACAUGCAUCGCCAGGAGAGCCUAUUCAAAGAUGCCUUAAAGUUUGAUCCAGACCGAUUCUUGCCGGAAAACUCUGUCGGUCGACACCCCUACGCAUAUAUUCCGUUUAGUGCCGGUCCUAGGAACAAUUUAGGUCAAAAGUUCGCUAUGAUGGAAAUGAAGUCGGCGGUAUCAGUAAUUCUUAAAAGCUUCAGGGUUCUACCAGUUACGUCCGCAGACCUGGACUUCACCGCUGAUGUAGUGCUGAAAAAUUCGAAGCCUGUUUAUCUUAAAUUCAUUAAACGUUAG